UUAAACCACAAGCUGUAGUCUUUUUUAGUAAAAAAAAAAAAAUCUUUGUUCUUUCUGGACUGUCUUUGAUGAUUGCUCUGCUGUGAGGCCUUUUUAAUUUCAUCCAUCCAACAAUUCUAUCACGGACAACAAAACGUUUCUAGUCUUAUCCAAUACCCAGUCCUCAAAGGAAGGGCGGUGGAAACGUUUCCCUCGUUUUAUUUUUUCUCCAGAGGAUUACAUUUCUUAAAUCGAAGCCACUUUUGGUGAUCAUGGCUGCUCUUUCAGUGUGGUUUUGGAACGAGAGGUUUUGGCUCCCACAUAAUGUGACUUGGGCGGAUCUUGCUGACCCAGCGCCCGGGGUGGAGUAUCCAAAAGCCGGGCACUUACUCUCUGCCUUACCGUUGGCUGUGGGGAUCUUUGCUGUUAGAAUACUAUUUGAGAGGUUCAUAGCCAGUCCAUGUGCCUUCUUCCUCUUGCAUAUCCACGCUGCCUCAGUCCACUGGCGAGCCACACCCAACCCUGUCCUGGAGAAGGUGUUCACAUCCAUCACAAAGUGCCCAGACUCACGACACCUGGAUGGGUUAUCUAAGCAGCUGGACUGGGAUGUGAGGAAGAUCCAGAGAUGGUUCAGACACAGACGCAACCAGGACAAACCCAGCAUACUCACCAAGUUCUGUGAGAGCAUGUGGAGGCUAAUAUUUUAUCUGUUCAUGUUUACCUAUGGGAUCUGCUUUCUGUGGAAGUGCCCAUGGAUGUGGGAUACACACCACUGCUGGUACAACUACCCCUACCAGGUCCUGACUCCAGGCCUGUACCACUACUACGUGACUGAGCUGGGCUUCUACUGGUCUCUCAUGUUCUCUCAGUUUACUGACAUCAAACGCAAGGACUUCCCCAUCAUGUUCAUUCAUCACCUCGCAACAGUGAGCCUGAUCAGUUUCUCCUACGCUAACAACAUGCUACGUGUCGGGAGCCUGGUGAUGUGUGUCCACGACGCAUCAGACUUCCUACUGGAGGCAGCCAAACUGACCAACUACGCCAAGUACCAGCGCCUGUGUGACUUCCUGUUCGUUCUGUUUGCAGUAGUCUUCUUCGUCACAAGGCUUGUCCUCUACCCUCUAUGGAUCCUGAACACAACAUUGUUUGAGAGCUGGGAGAUGAUUGGUCCAUACCCUUCCUGGUGGCUCUUCAACUCCCUGCUGCUGGUGCUGCAGGUGCUACACGUCAUCUGGUCCUACCUCAUAGCCGGGAUCGCCUACAAGGCCUUGGUCCGAGGAAAGGUUUCUAAGGAUGACCGCAGUGAUGUUGAGAGCAGCUCAGAGGAGGAGGUGGACACCAACGGAGCCAAUAACAAAAGGGUUAAAAUGGCGUCCUCUCCUAAGGUAGAGAACGCCACCAACGGCCACGCCGUCGCCACUAUAACCUGGCCACAGCAGAUACGUAGCAGCAGCAGCAGUUGGUGACACAAGAAAGGAGGAGUCCGCUGUCUGAUUCACAGUAUAGGGCUGACCACUGAGUCCAAUAUGUCUGGCCUGGUUACACUGGGCAGCCACUAGUUGUCGAAACUGUGCUGGAAAGGACCAUGUCAAAGAGAAUCAGGCAUAUCUGAGCCAACACAGUACUGUUCGGGUCGGCCCUAUAGUGAGAAUCAGGCA